AGCGAUCCAAUUUGACAAAAACGCGUCGUUAGAGUUUCGAAUUGGUUUAAAUUAUUAUCGUGUGUGAGUUACCCGACACUAAAUCAGACAUGGAGAAGAAAAAGUGUUUUGGAUUCUAAAGUUUUAAAAUGUUCCUCGACUCUACAGGGUACGGACGUAGGAGUCCUCUGUGAAUAGUGAGAAUAAAGUUAUGUCUUUGGAACUAAGCGAUGCAAUGGAAGUGGAAGAAAUGAAAACACCAGACCCUAAAGUGGAUAAAUCGGAAACUAAACUUACAUUUUCGAUUGACAAUUUACUGGCUGACAAAUUUGAAAAGCGGGUUGAAGAAGAAAGUAACAAAUCGGAAGACAUUAAUAACUUCGCGGGCGCAAACUCAGUGAAUUUCUAUGAAGAUUUGUGUAAUAGAGAAAAGACUCAUGGUUCAGAAGACGAUGACGACAAAGCUAGCGAUAGUUCUGAACAAGUAGACGUAGAAAUCUCGACCGCAGACGAUUGCCAUGAUUUCGCGGAUGUCAAGUCGCCUGAUUAUCAACAACCAGGACCAUCAACAUCUCGUGGCAAAAGAGCUCGAACUGCAUUCAGCGCUCAACAAAUCAAAAGCUUGGAAGCGGAAUUCGAGAAGAACCGAUAUCUUUCAGUCGCAGCGAGAGGGAGGCUCGCCAGGCAAUUGAGACUAACAGAAACACAGAUAAAAAUAUGGUUUCAAAAUCGUCGCACAAAAUGGAAGAGGAAAUAUACGAACGAUGUUGAACUUCUCGCACAGCAGUAUUAUAGUAGCUUAGGUAUUGUGACACCGAGGCCGAUGUUCGUAGGGGAUCGCCUUUGGAUUUUCAACUACCCAAACCGAGUACCAACCACCCAUCAACCGUUUUUAAAAUCAUUAAAUAACAUUGGCAAUGUAAAUAGUAAUGGUCAGUUUGACAGGAACCUUUUUAGAACCAUGCCAAAACCUGACGUCCCAUCGUUCUUAGUACCCCCUGCACCGGCAACUUAUCCAAACGAUAGACUUUUUUUGAACAUGGAGCGUAAUUUAAAUAUAGCGAAUAAUCUCAAACUUCACGCGCAAAACAGAUUGGUACCGAUACCAAGAGAAGCUUAUAGUAAUAUGAAUGCAGCGCAGAGAAACAUAGAUGUUUAUAAAAACAACAUUUUGAAUCACAGCAGUUCGCCUCAGGAAGCAAACGUUGAUCAUUUAAGAAGACUGGAAGAAAAUUUUAGCAUAUAACGUAGUUUAAGCAUUUCGUUAA